GUCCUAUCUGUAUAUCGUAAGUGUUUACACCUUAUUAAAAGGCACAGUAAUUAAAAAUGUGCGUCAAAUUUAAAAUAUUAUUACACAUUUGUGUGUUGUUUAUAGGAUACGCUAUGCCAUUAGAUUUACAUCUUGAUAAAUGUAAACUAGAAGACUCUGCAUGUAUGAUCAAAGCUUUUCAAAAUGCAAUUCCAACAUUUACCAACGGUAUACCAGAAUUGGGCGUAGAAGUUAUGGAUGUCAUGGAAUUCGAUGAUACCGUAAAGUUCGAUAUAGCCGGCUUUUCUUUAAGUUUUGCAAAUGGCCGGUUGAAGGGAUUGAAGAAUAUUGUUAUAAAUACAGUGAAAUGGGACAUAAGCAAUAAAACUUUGUAUUUGGAAUACACCGCUCCAUCUUUUGCAUUAUCAGGAAAGUACGUGGCAGAUGGACGGAUUUUGAUACUGCCAAUUACUGGAGAUGGUGAUAUGAAGUUAAAAAUAAAAAAUAUGAAUGUAAAAGUACUUCUGUCCCUUGAUAUGAACAAGAAAAGUAAUAAAACAUACGCUUCUAUUAAGAACUACCAAUUCGAUUUCAAUGUCGAAGGUGGCGCUCGAUAUAAUCUCACGAAUCUCUUCAAUGGAAACAAAGAACUAAGUGACGCUGUGCUGACUUUUAUGAAUACAAACUGGAAAGAUAUCACACAUGAAUUUGGAAGACCAAUAUUGGAUUCAGCAGCGAAAAAAAUCUUUAAAAAUGUCGACAGGUUCCUAGCCAAUGCACCUCUGGAAGACAUAUCACUUUCAUAUAAAUAGAAAGAAAAAAGGUACCACUUUUCUUUCCACAAUAUCAAUACCAAGCAAUACUGAGAAAAAUAUCAAAAAUAUCCCUUAAAAAUAGUUUACACUACUUUAUAUGAAGAGAAUCUGGAUUCAUAGUGUAAAGGCUUUGAAUAUGUAUGUUCUAUUCCAUCCUUAGCUGGACAAACUUUUACGCCACAACAAACAAAAAAAAAUUUUUUUUGUAACUGUUUUUAAUACAACUUGAAUCACAUGUCAAUCGUAUGUUUCACUUGGUGUUAUUAAAUAAUAAUAUUAUAUUAUA